AUGGCGAAGGCGCAGGUUGGUGACAAACUUUCUGCCGAAGAGCUGCGCGCUUUCUCGACUCCAUGGCCCAGCUGCGGAGCCAUGGCUCCGGCAUCGCCCAAUCCUUCAGCAGUUUCGCAGAUUGUAAAGAUCGAGGCCAUGCAAACGGACUUCGAUGAGAUUGCAGAGCUUGCAGCCGAGGACACCGUCAAGCAGGCCCUCAUUUCCUGGACGAACAAAGUUUCACUGCCCUUGUGGAAACGGGCACAUUUGGUGCCAGUGUUGACUCACGCAGUUUGCAGUGGGGACCGCGUUUGCACAGAGGCUUUGAACUCUUUGAUGUGCAUGCGGCGUGGAAAUAAGUCCUUGAUUGAUCGCGCUCUUGCUAUCGGUCGCGGUAGUAUCUCCGAUGCCACACUUCGGCUUUCCACUUUAAGCUUUGAAAGAGGUGCUUGCCAGGACAGCACGUUCGUCUGCGCUUUGGCACGAUUCCACUCAGUGCUACCUCCAAAAUGGUAUCUGCGCGACACGAAGAUUCCUUCUCUCGUGGUGUUUUACUCGCGCAAGUCUGUGUUCCAGUACUUGAUUCUUCGUGGCGAGGUGAGGCGGGAUGCCGCCGUUCUUUUCCCCAGUGGCUUGAGCAAACGCGCUACUUGUUGCGUCUUGUCGGUGUCCGCAGGGAUCCGAGCGGCAGCGAAGUGCCCCCUGAUAUGGAAUCCCAUCGCAAGUCCAGGCGUUCUGCGGCAGCUCGCUCGCGUAGAAUAG